AUGAUUGACGCGGCCAACCAUGGUACGAGAUGUGCCUACACUUAUACUGCUAUUGUUGUUAGUCGAGCUGGCCACGGGGUUUGUAUUUAAAGAUAGAGCGAAUUUCUCGUCCGAAGAGGAGGGAAAGAAUGAAGUGAUUCCAGGGUUCAGAAGGCAAGGAAAGAAAAACUCACCGUCCACCUCGUCAGAGGGGAACAGGAAAGGUUCAUCUGGUGGUGGCGCAGCAUCAGCCGAGUCUCUGGGACAAGAGUUCUCCGGGGCCACAUCAACAGAUACUGAUGAAAAGAAACGUACAAAGAAAGAGAGAGCGCCGAAAUCAACUGAAGAGCGCAAGGGAUGGCGAAAAUGGCAUCGCAAAUGUACACAAUGCCCAGCAGACAUGAGGAAAAAGUGGCGAGACCCUUCCAUCGCCUGGAUCUGCGGCGCGUACCAGCGAGCCAGGAGGUCCUUCAAGAGUCCCUGCAUGAUGUACCUGAGGAACUGCCAGGAUGGCACCAUGUUCGUAAAGAUCGCUGACCACCGAUGUCCGAACGCGUCAGGGCAAGUGUUACCGCACGGAGAACAUUUCUUCUAUGACUACGAGGUGGUACUGACGGAUGACGACGCGAAAUCUGAUGAUGCAGAGGCCUCCACCGCCGAGAAAUCUGAAUCGUCAUCAUGGGAUGCCUCCAGAAUCAGAAAAAUACCACCCCCACCAGCUGAAAUAUAAACAUCCCCAAACUAUUGCGUAUUUAUUCAAAUGUCGAAAUAACAGUUCAUAUCAUACAUUACCGCUUAUGUUUUAAAUAAUAAUUGUAUCGUUGAAUAAAUCGCGCGAUGUAUUUGAUGUAGUGCACGUUUAUCGACGGAAUAUAGAUUUUCGUUACAUAUUUGAGAGGCCUACAAUAUCAUGCGUAGACGAAAAACUUCAUAAAUCAAGUUCCAUUAUCUUACACAAGAUCAUAAAUCCACAGAGCGUCAUAGGAACAUUAAUCGUUCUGUGCUAGCAAUUUGUCAUGCAGACAGACAGACGGACAAGUAUGUGAUGAGACAUCGAAUAUACUGCGCUGUGACAACAUACACAUCAUCGUUAUUACGUUAGCGAUAGAGUAUAUUAUCCCGUGACUCAAUCGUGUUAUCAACUUAGUGCUUAAAGGAAGAUACAAUGACAACUAAGCGGUUCUACAGACUUUAUGGCGUUGACAUAAGGGUUAUUUUGGUUUGUAUUUCUGAAGAUUCCAAUGGCACCCGAAAGCGUUUUUAAUGGAUCAUUUUCUAGUUUCACAAGGGUUGAAACGCUAUUGAAUUGUUGCAACGGAUGAUUUUGGUUCUCGCACUUCAACCACCUAUAUCUUUAGAUCUAGAUAAAGCAAGUGAUUUUAUUAGACUGCAUAGGUUUUCAACCCCUACAUGAAAAAUAUUUCAACCCGUUAAUCCUUUGCAACAUAAU